UACAGAACUCAGAAGAUCGAAACCUACCGCCAAAGCAAAGACGCUCCCUUGUUUUCCCUCUACCUGUCUUGGAUUCAAACACAACACUCUCUUAUACUCUGGCGGACCCAGAUCAAACAGAUCUCUCUGUGAUCCCCCUCUCGCUUCUCCGAAUGUUUGUUUGCAUAGUUAAUCUCUUUCGUCUGAUUGAAAUGGUCUCAUGCCUUCGGUCAAACACACGAACACACACUCGCUUCCACUCUGGCGUACCCUAGAUCAAACAGAUCCUGUGAUCUCCCUCUCGCUUCUCCGUGUGUUUGUUUGCAUCGCUAUUAUCGCUUUCGUUUGAUUGAAAUGGUCCCAAUACGAUGCGAUAGGCAGAUUAAUCCGUGAAUCUCCCCAUCCCAAGCGUCCGAUCUCAAUUACAGAAGAUGGAGCCAGAUGUGAGUAUCGAGACCUCCUCCAUGAUCCGCGUUGCUGUUCUUCAGAUCGGGACAGUUUCACCGGCGAUCUUGCGGGACCACCAUUCGAUGUUGAUGCGGCACUACACGAUCCCACUCUCCGCGAUCAGUUCGUUUUAUACAUAGCACCAGAAGUCUCCCUUUGCGAACCAGCUGUGGGAGACAGGAUCGCAAGAUCCUUGCAGUUAUUGGCGUGUGUCAUUGUCCGUCUUCGCCUGAUCUGGACUCGGUUGUCGAGCAAUUCAACUCUCGUGUAAGGGAUACUCCUUCUCGCUGGUGGAGCGCUGCUACGCUUUUUGUCCUGGUGACUCAGGUUAGUAUUUACGUUCCUUCUUUUAGUUUUUGUCUCUACUUUUGGCUAAUUUAACUGGCAUAUCGUUCAGGACUAGGGCAGGUUCACAAUGACCUUUUUUCAGGGUUUCACAACCGAAGUCAAAUUAAUUACAAUUCUAGAAUGGUAUAGUUAAUGGCCACGAAGCAUUGGCACUAACAUUAGUUGAACUUAGUGAUAAUUAUGUAAAUGUGACUACUCCUCGUGCUUGUGUUGGCUUUUGAAUUUAUUGGAUUUGGUUCUAAAGUUUGUACCGGUUUAGACUGCUGCCUGAUCCUCUCCGGUUACUUCUAUGGUUACCAAAAAAAUUAAGUAUUUGAUGUGUGAAUAGUGAAUACUUCAUCAUUGAUGGGGUCUAGCUGUUCUUUUUCAGUGUUUUGUACCGUGCAGUAGAUCACAUUGACAAGUAUGAGCUCUGAAAUUUUUUUUUAAAAAAAACUCCCUAAUUAGCAUGUUGUAUAGCUUUGGAAUUAGUUUUCCGUCUGGCAUAUCCUUUGCAACUUCAAAAUAGACUCUUACCGUGGCAUCGUCCAAGGUAAGAGUUGUUUUUUUCCUGUACAGCUAGAGGAUGGGGGUAAAAAGAGGGGCAACCUGAUAUUGUUCCCUCCUGCUGAUUGUCAGACACAGGAGUUUCACUGGCAAACCAUGAUGCAAGACAUUGCUGCCUCAUUGCUGAUGGACUUCGAAAAGUGGGUUCUUAAGCCAGAAUCUGCUGGAACCAUUAUCAUGAUGCCUUUGGAUUCUCAACCCAGUCUCAGCUCAACAGAGGUGAUUAAAUCCAAAAAAACAUAGGCUCGCUUGUGCACAGAAGAGAAUAGGAGAUUAUUGUUUAUUGGCUGGAUCGCCCGUUGAUGCGAAUGCCCAUUAUUCUACUGCUUUAGAACUUGCAAGAUUGGUGGGAGAUUACUUAUGGUAUGCUGGGGCAUUGGAGGGUAGUGUUUCUGCUUACUGGUGAGAAUCUGGGCGAAAUAGCGCUGGAGAAUUAAAUAUUGAUGCAGUGCAGGCAGCUCUUCAGACGUCAGUAAUGGAUGUUCUUCUGCCAGAUCCAUUGACAUUUGGCUUCAAACUGGUUAGACAUGAUCGUGAACAUGCUGAAAAGCUUGAUGUUCCAAUAGAGUCCAGUAUAUGCAUUGAUAAAGGUUCUGUGCUGGCACAUGACAUGACUCCUAUGGAAGUUCUUGUUCGAAACAACACCAAGGAAAUGAUAAAGAGUCUUAGUAUAACAUGCAGGGAUGUAGCUGGAGAGAAUUGUGCCAAAAGUGUGAAGACCACUGUACUAUGGUCUGCUGCCGCAGUGAUUGAUGAUGCAAAUGACAUCCUCAGAGCUCGUGCAAGAACUGAUUCCCCUGAUGAACCAAUCUUUUGUCAGGGAUAUCCAUUCCAUGUCCGUGUUAAUGGGACUGUAAGUUUUCUUGCAAUCUAUACCCACUGAGAUUAGCUUUACUUCAUAUUAGACUUCGAAAUGCUCAAACCCAAAAACGGUGCCUCAUCCUCAUCUGUUCCUUGCCAUCAAUUCGUCAUUUUAUUCUUUCUCAUUAUUCGUAUAUUGGCAAUUUUGAUCGUUUACUAUAAUCAUCUUCAUGCGUUUGUAAAUC